AUGGCGAGGCCCUUUCGACUGAGGGACGACGACACAUUAUAUGUUGGUAAUCCCGGUGAAAAACCGCUGGUAUUGGAUCGCCACUGGUUGCGUGACUCCUGUCAGUGCAGCAUAUGUGUGAACCCAGACUCUGGCCAGAAAAAUUUCGGCACUUGCGACGUACCGACAGAACUCUCAAUCAAAUCAAUCAAAACGACUAAGGAAGGAGGUCUUAGAGUCGUUUGGGAGAAGGAUUUUUUAUCACUCGGUAACCAUGAGUCCUACUACACAGCUAAUCAGAUCGAUUCCUCGGAACCUGAAUAUGUGUUACCCGGAAUAACAUUAUGGGACAAUGAUUUAUUACAACGAGACCGUCUCACUAUUGAUUAUAACGACUGGAUAGCAGGUGAGCAUGGGCUUUUCUCCGGAUUACAUCGACUUCAUACCCACGGAAUAAUCUUCAUACGCAACGUACCAUCAUCAGAGGAGUCGGUUAUAUCUAUUGCCAACAAGAUUGGAAACCUUCAAGAAACAUUCUAUGGAAGGACUUGGGAUGUACGCUCUAAGCCGAACGCAGAAAACGUAGCCUAUACAAACGCCUUUCUCGGACUACAUCAAGACCUACUGUACAUGCAAGAUACGCCUCGUCUACAACUCCUACACUGUAUUGAAAACACAUGCGAGGGCGGCGAGUCUAUGUUUAGCGACGGCAUCAGAGCCUCCCACUUGAUGGAUCUUGGGCCACGCUCGCUCUUUGAAUAUCUGCUCAACAAAAAUAUACGGUAUCAGUACAAGAAGCACGGGCACUAUUACCAGCUGUCGCGACCCGUCAUCACCAAAUUAAGCAAAUUCUUGCACCAGAUAGCCUGGUCCCCGCCGUUCCAAUCCAGUAUCCAACGUGUAGCCAAGUCCGCAAGUGGCAGCCAAAAUCAUCGCGAAUGGCUAGAGGCUGCAACCAUAUUUCGACAGCUCCUAGAAGACAAGCAAUGGAUGUACCAAUACAAGAUGCAGCCUGGAGAGUGCGUUAUAUUCGAUAACCUCCGCGUCCUUCACGGUCGGAGGCAGUUCAAUACCAGUUCCGGAAGUCGGUGGUUGAAAGGGGCGUAUAUUUCAGAUGACGUGUUUAGAAGCAAACUAGUCUCCUCAAGUAAGGAACUAUCAGAGUUGGAUAAAGGAAAUCAGCUCGCCUUAUUAUAUCAAGUUUCUAGCUUCAACCUGAAGUACAAAAUCUGGGACGGGUGUGAGACAAUGAACCGGAUGUCGCAGGCUGGAGUUGAUGCGAAUGAGAGGAGCUAUACCGAACCGAAUGGCGCUACGAUUUCGUACUAUUAG